AUGCCCGGCUCCAUCUACCAGCCCGACGGCGGCGAGGCCGCCCGCCGCCCGCCGCGCCGCCUGGCGCUGCUCAGCCCGCCGCCGCCCGCCGCGCAGGAGCCGCCGCCGGCGGAGCCCGAGCCGGAGCGGGAGCGGGAGGCGCCGCCGCAGGACGAAGCCGCCGCCCUGAGGUUCGCCCUGGACCAGCUCUCGCUGCUGGGGCUGGAGGAGGCGGCGGAGGCGGCGGAGGCGGCGCUGGCCGAGCCGGAGCCGGGCGGCCUGCUGGAGGGCGGCGGGAGCCCCCCGGCCGCCGGCGCCGCCUCGCCGCCCGCCGCCUUCGGCACCUUCGCGCCGCACCUGGGCGCGCCCGCCGCGCUGCUCGCCGAGCACAUGAGCCUCCUGGGCGGCAGGAAGAAGAGCGUGAACAUGACGGAGUGCGUGCCCGUGCCCAGCUCCGAGCACGUCGCCGAGAUCGUGGGCCGGCAAGGCUGCAAAAUCAAAGCCCUGCGCGCCAAGACCAACACGUACAUCAAGACGCCCGUCAGGGGCGAGGAGCCCGUGUUCAUCGUCACCGGGCGGAAGGAGGACGUGGAGAUGGCGAAGAGGGAGAUCCUCUCGGCCGCCGAGCACUUCUCCAUGAUCCGGGCGACGCGCAACAAAGUGAACGGGCUGGCGGGAGCCAUGCAGGGGCCGCCCAACCUGCCGGGACAGACCACCAUCCAGGUGAGGGUCCCGUACCGCGUCGUGGGGCUGGUCGUGGGGCCCAAGGGAGCCACCAUCAAGCGGAUCCAGCAGCAGACGCACACCUACAUCGUGACGCCCAGCCGGGACAAGGAGCCCGUCUUCGAGGUGACGGGCAUGCCCGAGAACGUGGACCGGGCUCGGGAGGAGAUCGAGGCGCACAUCACCAUGCGGACGGGCUCCUUCAUCGAUGUCAACGCCGACAACGACUUCCACUCCAACGGCACCGACGUGUGCCUCGAGCUGCAGGGCGGCGCGGCCGGGCCCUGGGCCAAAGCGCCCCACGCCGCCGCCCGGCGCCUCCGCCACGACGCCCUGAGCUCCCUGGGCGGCGCCUCGGCCGAGCCCUUCUACGGCGGGCGGGCGGCGGACGCCAGCCCCACCAGCCCCUACGGCGCCGGCGGCUUCGCCUUCAGCGAGCCCCAGGCGCCGCUGGCCUCGGACGAGCGCGACUUCGCCUUCGACUUCCUGGCCCUGGACCUCAGCGCUCCCGCCGCCGCCAUCUGGUCGCCCUUCGAGCGCUCCGGCCACCCCUUGCAGGCCUUGGGCGGCCGCUCGGGCGGCGGCGGCGGCGGCGGCUCGCGGCGGCGGCGCGACAGCGGCCCGUGCACGCCGCGCCACUCGCCGCCGCCGCCGCCCGAGGAGCAGCCGGCCGCCCGGCGCGCGCAGAGCGAGCCCGUGGGCGCCUCGCCGUGGCUGCCCGCCCCGGGCUCGCUCUCCUCCUUCUCCACCAGCACCGGCUACUCGUCGUCGUCCUCGCUGCCCGGCAGCGUCUCGGCCGCCUCGGGCUCGCCCACCGACUCGAGCGGCUCCGAGGGGCCGCGCCGGAGCUCCCGCGAGUGCAUGGUGUGCUUCGAGAGCGAGGUGAUGGCCGCCCUGGUGCCCUGCGGCCACAACCUCUUCUGCAUGGAGUGCGCCGCGCGCAUCUGCGGCCGCGCCGAGCCGCAGUGUCCCGCCUGCCGCGCUCCCGCCACCCAGGCCAUCCACAUCUUCUCCUAGCCGCCGCCGCCGCCGCCUCCUCCUUCCUCCACGGCGCAGCUUUUUAAGGACUCGGAACGGUUCAAAUCGACCUUUUUAUUUAACGGAUCAGAUCGGGGACGCGGGGCGGGAGGGGAAACGGAGGAAAAAAAAAAGAGAAACGAGGUGGCGGGGACGACGGAUAUCUCCCGCCGGGUGGAAAGCCGGAGGGCAGCGAUCGCGGGGGCGGGAGGGCUGGGGAAGAAGGGACCGACGACGACGACCACGGCGAGGGGCGUGAAGUUGCAGAGAGGAGGAGAAAAAAAAAAAAUCAAAUGUUUACAGAAUAGCUUUAACUCUUAACCCGGCUGUGGCGGCUGGGAGGAGAAAGCCCAGCUGUUCUCCAACAGUCCGUUCCAAAUAACAGUAUUCAGUUUGCAAAGUUAAAUAAACAGAAAGAAAAGGUCCGGUUGCACUUUUUAUUUUAGGACACGCAAGGGUUGUCUUUUAUUUUUUUAAAAGCAUUCUAUUGUUAUUAUAAUUUUUUUGUCGUCCGUUCUUUUUGUACGUAGUUAUUUUUUUGGAUGAGUCUUGCUGGUUCUAUAAAUAUAUAUAUAUAUUUUUUUUUUGUAACACAGGUCUAUCUUCUAUUUUGCCAAUGUGAAAACUGCCCAAAACGUGAUAAGAAGGGACGGGGGUCUCGGCCGGAGGGGCCAGGCCGGGACCUGGUGGGAUGGAGAGGGGCACGAUGAACAUGUCAUGUCGCGCAAAAAAAAAAAAAAAAAAAAAAGGAAGAAAACAAACUCAACAGAUUUAUAUCUCUUUUUUAUUUUGUGGUUGGUUUUUUUUAGUUUUAUUUUUUUAUUUUUUACCUCUUUAUGUAUAUGUAGGGAAUUUAUAGGAAAAUAUGUACUUUAUUGAAUAAAUUUUAAAAACUAAAAUAUAUUUUAUUUUAAAAAGAAAAUAACGGACCUUUAACCUUACAUGGCUAAAGUACUGAUUAUAUAUUUGCUGAGCUGACUUGACGGUUAUGAAAAUUGUAUCAAGAGUUUUAUUUUUUGACU